GCCUGGCGGAGGCCGCUGCUGCCGCCGCCUGCUCUGUACACGGGGAAGAAACGUGAGAGUCGCUGCCGAGCCAGAGAGAGCGGCGGCGCGUCGGUGCGCACACGGGCUCCGGGCGGCGCCAGGGGAGAGGCGAAGGACUUACUCCCCCAGCCGAGGAGCAGCAGCCGCCCUCGCCGCCGCCUGUGAUUUCUGCCCGUAACAGCCGCAUCUCUGCCUGCUCCUUCUUUUUAGUUUAUUUUUUUGGCAAAUUGGCGUAGAGUCUUUGUCUUUUGUGUUUGUUUGUUUGUUUGUUGCACGCCCCUGCCAAACAAAGAGACGGGGGGUGGCUGAGGGAGAAGACAUGCGUUCCGUCAGGAAGAGGUGGACUAUCUGCACGAUAAGUAUCCUCCUGAUCUUUUAUAAGACAAAAGAAAUAGCACGAACUGAGGAGCACCAGGAAACGCAACUCACGGGAGAUGGUGAGUUGAGUUUGAGUAGAUCAAUGCUCAAUAGCUCUGAUAAAAUAAUUCAAAAGAGUGGCUCUUCAAUCUUUCAACAUUCUGUAGAAGGCUGGAAAAUCAAUUCUUCUUUGGUACUGGAGAUAAGGAAGAAUAUUCUUCGGUUUUUGGAUGCUGAAAGAGAUGUCUCAGUGGUCAAAAGCAGCUUCAAGCCAGGAGACGUAAUUCACUAUGUGCUAGACAGACGUCGCACCCUGAACAUUUCUCAGGAUUUGCAUAGCCUCCUUCCUGAAGUUUCACCAAUGAAGAACCGUCGGUUUAAAACAUGUGCAGUUGUGGGCAAUUCUGGCAUCCUCCUGGACAGUGAAUGUGGAAAGGAGAUUGACAGCCAUGACUUUGUAAUAAGGUGCAAUCUAGCCCCUGUGGUGGAGUUUGCUGCAGAUGUGGGAACUAAAUCUGAUUUUAUUACCAUGAAUCCAUCAGUUGUACAAAGAGCAUUUGGAGGCUUUCGGAAUGAGAGUGACAGAGAAAAAUUUGUGCAUAGACUAUCCAUGCUGAAUGACAGUGUCCUUUGGAUUCCUGCUUUCAUGGUGAAAGGCGGAGAGAAGCAUGUGGAGUGGGUUAAUGCAUUAAUCCUUAAGAAUAAAUUGAAAGUGCGAACCGCCUAUCCAUCACUGAGACUUAUUCAUGCUGUCAGAGGUUACUGGCUGACAAACAAGGUCCACAUCAAACGACCCAGCACCGGUCUCCUCAUGUACACGCUCACUACCAGAUUUUGUGAUGAAAUUCACCUAUAUGGGUUCUGGCCGUUCCCAAAGGAUUUAUAUGGAAAACCAGUCAAAUAUCAUUACUACGAUGAUCUAAAAUAUCGAUACUUUUCUAAUGCCAGCCCUCAUAGGAUGCCAUUAGAGUUUAAAACUUUACAUAUGUUACAUAACCAAGGAGCACUGAAAUUAACAACAGGGAAAUGUGUACAGCAAUAAAGCACAUGUAAAGUACAAUAUAAAGUACAGAAUAGUAACUUCAUCAUAAAGAUGUUGUGAAGGCAAUGGGAUCCAACAGAGGAUAUAUUUCAAUACCCACUAAGCCAUUGGGAAAAGGAAGCGUACCUGAAGUCCAUGACCAGCUGAUAUUAUACCUGUAAAGUGCUAUAAAACUAAGAUAACUUGACUGCAAGGGUUCAAGUAAGUGCCACUUUCACUAAGAACAAAGCUUGAAUGUAAAAUCAGUAGUGUUUACAAGAGCCAAUGAUGCAUUCAUCGUCAAAGAGGAAGCAAAUAUCCAUUUAAUGCUGACUUGCCACCACAAAGUUGAGCAGCUUAUAGAAGAAAUACCCAGAAGAUGGACUCUAUCCUUGGGGAAAUAAAACAGCCUUUGGCAUCAGAAAUCAUGGUGGAAUUAGUGGAGAAAGUGAUGUCCAUAAGAUUAAAUAGAUCAAGUAAAUGCCUUCAGUCAGGGGACUGUCUGACCUUGUAUUAUAACCUCAUUGUUUUUGUUGGUGUUUUUUCUGAUUGCUGUUUUUUUUUUUUUUUUUUUUCUUAUUUGGGUAUUGGAAUCCUUAAAGGAUUUUAUGAGGAUGAUAGGAACAGUUAAAAAUAAAAUCUUCAAAGAGUUGUAUUUGAAGAAAUAAGUUCUUAUUGGGGGGAAAUCAAAUACUUAAAAAAUAUUUAUGUUGUAUCCUGCUGUUGCACAACUCUAAACCUCCAGAUUGCUUUUUUAACUGAAAUGGUCAGUGCCAGCUAAACAGAACCACUAUGAGAUCGGUAAUUUUGAGCCAUUCUUAAGGAAAACGUUCUGUUACUUGCCAACUGGGAGGACGUACUUAAUAAAAAGGUGCCCUUACAUUUGGUACCAAAGAUUACACUGAUUUUUUUUGUAUACAUGGAGAAAACGUACAUUUAGUACUGUGUUGCUGUGCUGCUGAAGGAAAAAUGUUUCUGGGUAUUGUUGUUCACUGGAAUAUAUGUUCCCUAUUCUGUUUGAAUGAAGAGCCUCAAACAAAUUCCCUAAGCUGACUUUGCCUCAAGUGAUUUGUUCUUCAUAAAUAUCCAAAUUGUUUUUAUUCCAUGCACUUAAACAUGUGAGUGUGAUUUUUAUUUUCAUUGGAGCAAAAUUGAUAUUUUCAAUUUUUUAAUUAUUGUAAUAAAAACAUUAUGGCAUAGUCAAUGGGAGGUUUUAAUUCUUUGGAAUCUGUUUGUUUUCUUUUAACCAAGAUGACAAAGAAUUAAUGUAGCAAAAUUUUGCUACAUGUAAUAUCCCUGCCAUAUUGGAAUGGGUAAAAAACUGAAUGGAAAAUAAAGCAUAAACUGAACAAAGUCCUUUUUAAAUCUAAAUUUCUCAUGGUGAUGGACAAUAUACCUGUCUUGUAUUAGUCCAACUUGCUGAUAAGUAACUGAAAAUAGCACAUUGCUGUAUUAUUCCCAUAUCAGUUCUUUUCUUCCAAACCUCAUUCAUUCAUUUUAUUACUCAGAACAACUGUUCUUGUCCUGUACUUGUCCUUGUCCAAGAAAGAGAUUUAGAAGCGGUAGAAGGAGUAUCUUCAGGAUCUAGUACAGAAGAGUCUGAAGUACCAUUUCUUAGUCUGUUCAUAUGACAGACUUGGGUAAUUAGAGUGAUUGAAUGCACUGGAGUUAAACAAAAUCAGAAUACUUCCUUUUUUAGAAUGUGUAUGUCAGGAAACUUAACACCAGAUACAUGAGCAAAGAUGAACCUAUUUAAAAGGGGGAAGAGCUAGUUUAAAGAACUUUACUCACACCUUGGUAGAGGAAUGACUGUAGCCAAGUGAAGACCCCUCGAUCCCAAUUUCUGGUCUUGGACAUGAUGGUUCUAGUGCAAUGAGCUCCGUAUCAUAUUUUCACUCUGAUUGCCCCCUAAUGAUAGUGGAGUCUGAAGCCUGAUUAUGUCUCCAGUCACGUCAGGCUCCAGAACUAGCACUUAAGAAAGUUCUAGGAGAGUAUCUUUGCCCUUUUGACUAAUUCCUCCUUCCUCCCCCUGCAUCUAUACAACACAUGGUGGGUUUUAGCUGUAAAGGACAAAUCUUGUUCCUGAUUCGUGGGUCCAGAAUUCAUUAUGCAUGGCAGGGGAAAGUCUAUGAUCAUGCAAGUCCACUAACCAGACUCCCUUCAGAGGAGGCCACAGAACUUAUUACUGCAGCCAACAGAUUGAGGUUUGAAAGCACAGCUGUCCAUCUCAUAAACAUAGUCAACAUUUCCCCCUCGCCCUCCACCAAGCUCUCCUGCACAACACUUGUUUGCUUUGGCUUUGUGCUGGGGUCCAAGAUUUGGCCUUACAUGAUCAAGGAUUAAUACCUUUUUUGGUUUUAUUCCAGAAAUCGUAGGGGAAUCACUUAGAGCUACUUGGCAGCACUGAAUGUAACAUAUUUAAAUUGGGUUUGAAAAACUGCAAAAUUGUGUAGGGUAAAUAUUAAAGGGUUGCAUUUUAAAACAGAUAUGGGUGAUACCGUAUUAACAGUAAAUAUGCAUGGAGGUCGUCUUGUUCCACCCAUUAUUUUUUAUAGAAUGAUUGACUGUCCACUGAGAGAUUUACUGAUACCCAGCUCAGAGCAGCUCAGAGUAGUGCCUUGUUAGCUUAUUCACCUACCUUUAUUACUACAUACUUCAUGGUCUGUGAAUUUGGUCUCUGUGUUGAGAUGGCAGUCUACAGUCAAAAAAGGGCUUCCUUCCAAAAAAGGGAUUAAAACUGUGUUUUUCUGCCCCAUCUCAGGGAACUUUUUAAUACUCCAAUAUGAGUUCAAUCAAGAUAGAAAAAGCUCAAAGUAGAUGGACGUGCUUUAUUUCCCAUUGCACAAAAAAAGAAAAAUAAAUGGCUUUUUUAAUAGACUUAGGGAAACCAGUGAGACCUAGAAAUAGAAAGGUAGAUGAGAUUUUUCUGUUCAGAUUUAAAAUUCCAUAGAUGAAGAUUGGGGGAAGUAGGCAGAAUAUGAAUGAGUAUUUAAAAGAUAUGCAUGAGUCUAUUUUGAAGUGUUCAUAUUUAUUUCUGUUGAUGAAACUGACCCCAGUGCAAAAAUCACAAAUAAACCCAGUAGCUCAAUGUAAUGUAGGGAGAUUCUUUGGUAAACGGAAGAGGGUGAUUUCCAGUCCUGUGGCCAUUACUGCAACCAUCUUCUCCAUGGUCCUGUAUCUCCCUUUAUGGAGGUCAAUAUCCGGUAAAUCUUCUCCACAUCAGCAGAUCCACGGAUGCCAGCCCAUCCGUGGCCUGCCAUGCCCUGCUCCUAAACACUGCUGCAUGGGGAUUUCAGAGCUGGUCUCCAUAAUGUACAUGGCUGCCCCUGGACCUCCAUUCAAGUUCCCCAAAUUCUCCACUCCCUUAACAGUGAAAUCACACUGUUUCCACUAUUUGACCCUCUUUUUCCUGUGGAGGUCAGUGAAGGAUUGGCCUCAUAGAACCUAUAUGGAGGUUAAAAUAGGGCAUAGGACCUGUGCAGGGGAGUGGAUUUCACUGUGUGGUUCUUCAACCCACAGUACAACAAUCUAGUUCAAAUCUGCAAGGCAGCUUUGAAUGAGUUCUGUUGUUUUCAUUUCCCCAUACUGCUUACAGAACUGCUAGUAUAAACAUCCAUUGUAAUAAUUAGUGCCCAACACUUAUCGCUGACUUAUGGUAACUAGAUAAAAUAAAAUGAACAAGUAGCCCGCUUGUUAUAAUGAUGCCUGAUUUGGUGGGGAUAUGAAAUAGGGCAUCAGAUUAAGCUGAUUAUGAAUGAGGAAUGGUCUCAAAUGACUGACUUCUUCCUACACAAGAUGUAGCAAUCACCAGUAAUGAUUCUUGCAAAUAUGUUUAAAAAAGAAUAAUAAUUGAAAGCAAAAUUCUGGAAACAGUCUGUUAUGUUGCCUGAAUCUUGAGGCAGAUCUACAGUGAGGCAAAGUUAGCAGAGGAAUUUGUUUUCAUUCAGACACAUUUGUUGUAAAUGAUUUAUAAACUAGUAUUUUCACAUUUCUUUGGCAGGGACCCUCUCUCCUUUGGUUUAAUGGAGAAUAAUAGAUAAUAUAUUUUCUUGUUAAGUUUGCAGCUUUGGGACAGUUCUCCCUCUCCCACCCCCCACGUCUAACAUCUACUGAAUGUUUCAAACCUUGAAGGGGUUUGGGCAACUUGACUUGUUUUGCAAACCGAACCACAAUUAAUAAAUCCCACCCUGAAAUAAACGUCUCAUUAAAAAUAAAAUCAACACACUCGUGAGGAUGACGAUUUGUUUGAAUUGACUGCAAUUUGCAGAUAAAUACCUGUGGGCUCAGUACAAUUUUUUUCUUUUAGGGUCUGAUCCUGUGAAGUGCUAAGUACUCGUUACUCUCAUUGAGUUCACUGAGAGUUGAAGUGUUCAAAACAAAUAGGCGCCUAGCCUCUUGCAGGAUUUAUGCUUUAUAUUGCACAUUAAGUUUUAUUGUUUUUAAGAUAUGUUGCUUUGUGUAGGGAAAAGCACAAUUGUUCUAAAUGUGUAUAUAAUAAAGGAAGAGAGUUUAUGGAGUAGAGCAUUUCUGCACAGUACUAUUGCUACUGAGCAUUCACAAUACCAUUUGUGUAGUUUAAAGUGUUAAGAUGUAUUCUGUCAGGCUUGUCCUCUAAUGUUAUUUUGUGUACAGCAUUUGGGUAUUACUGUUUUAUUAUUUGUAUAACUGUAAAAUAAAUUAAACUUUUUUUUCA